UGUUAAAUUAAGUUUGAAUUUAAUCAUAAAGCUGUUUAAGUUCUUUGCUGGAAUCUGUUGUUGGGCCAUAACCUUGGAUGAUAGUAAACAAUAAGCAAGUUCAAGCAUCACGUCCCUAACUGCAUACUAAAUAGAAAUGUCCCUCAGUUCAAUACAGUCCACACUGUCCAGUCUGAAGACAUGUCAGACCGAUAUCUCCACUGGAAUGGAUAUUGUAUCAGAAGUUGCUCUGGAUCUGGUUGAAGCUCAAGGUACAGAAGACAGUCCAGGUCUGAAAAAACUGGAGCAGGUGAUCUUGGAAUGUGCCAAACUGGACAGGGAAAUUAACUGCUUUGUGGAAUCUGUCGAGCAGAUGACAGCUCAGGUGAGAAAUAAGCCUCCACAUGCCAUGUUUACCCUAAAGGCCUCAGUAAAAGAGCGAUUCACUGAACUCAUGGAUGCGGUCCCGGGAGACAUUGAAAGACACAACAAGGUGGUUGUUUUCAGAGACAGCAUCAAAAAGUCUCUGCAUCAAGCAAAUCAGAUGCCAGGAACCAGUGUGGAAGAGGAGCUGGACGAAGACAUUGCUGUAACACAGAGCCAAACCAACUUUAUAUGCCCUCUUACCCAGGUCGAGAUGAUUAAUCCAGUGAAAAACAAGAAGUGCCAGCAUUACUAUGAUCAAGAAGCAGUUCUGUCCUUGAUUAAGACUAAGCAGAACAAUAAGAAGAAAUGUCGGUGUCCUGUGGUUGGCUGUGGAAACGGUGAUGUAAAGCAGUCAGAUUUAGAACCGGACCUGGUUAUGAAGAGGACGAUCCAGAACCACAAGAGAAAGACCGGAAAGAGCUGAGUUUGACCAAAUAUUCACAUAACCAAACAGUCUUUUGUUCCUUAAAAUAAAAAUGUAUUUAUUUUGUAUGGUUUUAUACAAUGUGUAUACAGGUACCAACCCCUCUCUUAAUUAAAUGUAACAUAUUUGUAUUUUCA